AUGGCCAUGCUCGACCUCUCGAUCCUCACACUAGGAUAUCGGCUCAUCAAACCGAUCAUCCCCGCCGCCACAGAGCUCGUCAUGGCCCCCGCGACGGAAAGGCAGCGCACCACCACGAUUCGCACGAAGGGAAGCACAGAGAGCGUGGCCACGGGGAGGGACCUCGUCACUAUGCCUUUCAAGAGCAUGACAAUUGUUCCGACGGUGGCGAGCCUCAAAUUCCUGAGCAUCAGAGAAGUGCCACGCAUGAACGCUACCAUCAUCACCCUCACGGCCACUCGCCUAGGCAGCAAGCACAACCUCAAGCAGGGUCUGCUCGCUCGAGAGGAACCAGUCCGCGCCAAAGACAGACUUCGCUCAAUGCACACCCAGAGUGCGCCGACAUUGCCGAAGGUGCCCAUGCUGUCACCUACAAAAGAGGCAGCUGAGGACUUUCGCGACGUCCGCCUGAAGCUGCGGCCGACCGGGUCCACACCGAGACAGUCCAAGAUCAAGCCUGCAGAUACGGUCCAAGCUGAGGAAGAGGACUUUCGCGACACCAAGAAGCGUCUCAGUCACUACAGUCCGGCGCCCAAGGAGCCUAGCAUCAGUAUGGCGUUCAAAUAUGCAGAGGAAAAUCCACAAACGGCCCCAAGCUCGUGUACCCUCCCUGGACACGAGGAGACGGCGCCAGUUGAGCAGCAGCCGGUCAAACACCAAAACAUAGGGUCGAAGUCAGUACUCUCUCCCAGAGUCGAGUCGUCAGCAACGGACAAGGGCGCAUCUCGCGAGGCACCGCGUAGAUCUUCUGGGAAGCCUGUUCAGCAGCCAGGCGAGGACACGAUUUCCGAGGGCCAGAAGGACUGGAAGAACAAGUAUGAUAAGCUCAAACAAAAGCUCGAUGCCCAGAACGAGGCGGAUAAUCUUGGUCUGGAAGGUUUGACAAUAGUGCUGCACAUGAAGGGCAGAGACGAUUUGGUGAUUAACACAGAUUUGAGAAACCUCGAAUGA